CCCAAACUUUCUCCCCAUCUUCCGCUCCGAAUCUCGUUUGUAUCACUGGAGAGUCGCGGGGCGCACUUGUCGCCUCAACCUACGCCUGGAUGACUCUCUACGUUCCUCUAGGCGAGCAGAAAGCGCUUCCCCCGUCGCCAUCGUUCUUGCGAGAACCUGCCGACCAUGAAACCGCGGUUUCUGGCGUCGUCAAGGCCAUAAUGAAGGCGAAGCGCAUCAUCGUUGUCUGUGGCGCUGGAAUAUCCGUGGACGCCGGCAUCCCUGACUUCCGUUCUCCUGCUGGCCUCUUCCAGACCUUGAAGCGAGAUCAUCCGAAAGAGAACCUAUCUUCGGGGAAGGAUCUGUUCGACGCUUCUGUUUUUAAUUCCGAGCAAAUGACUGCUUUGUUCUGCCAGAUGAUCGCUCAGCUGUCCGACAUGUCCACCGCUGCAUCCCCCACACCAUUUCACCAACUCCUCCGCGCGCUAGACGACAGCGGAAAGCUCUUGCGAGUGUAUACCCAGAAUAUCGACGCUAUCGAAGCCAAGUCGGGCCUCUCCUUCGGCGUACCCGCCUUCGACGACCGGCGGCACAAGUCGCGCACAACCCCCGCCGUCAGCCGCCACACCUCCCUCGACCCGCCCCGCUGCGUUCCCCUCCAUGGCACCCUCACGCGCCUUUACUGCAUGACCUGCACGUACUCUUGCGCGCUCACGGACUACCUCCCCUCCCUCGCGGCCGGCGCGCCCCCGCUCUGCCCCUCCUGCUCCGACACCGCCGUGGUGCGCGCCGCGGAGGGCAAGCGCGCGCGCGCGAUCGGCAAGCUCCGCCCGUCCGUCGUGCUCUACGGCGAGGCACAUGCGGACGCGGAGGGCGUCGGGGAUGUUGUGCGGCGCGACCUGACGCAUCGCAGCGGGCCGGACCUGCUGCUGGUUGCGGGGACGAGCCUGCGCGUGCCGGGUACGAAGCGCAUCGUGCGCGAGUUCGCGAAGGCGGUGCGCGUGGCGGCGGGCGUUGAGCCGCUGCCGUCGCCGCGGGGCACGCCGGGCGCGGACUCGCCCAUCACAUCGGUGUACUUGAAUCUCGACUUUCCGGUUCCGGCGAGGGAGUGGGGAGAUGUGUUUGACGUGUGGGUGAAUGGGGACGCGCAGUCAUUCGCGGGCGAGGUGCAGAGGCAGCUGGAUGAGGAGGUCAGGCGAAAGGCGGCGAGGGCGGAGAAGAGGAUGGCGAAGGAGGAGGCACGGCAGAGGGAGGGGAUGGCGGUGUGCAAGAAGGGCGUGAAGCGGAAGGCGAGGGCGCAAUCGGCGACGCCUGCGAAGCGGAGGCGGGUGGACGCGCUGCCCACACCGCCAAAGACUCCCAAGUACGCGAGGCAGGACACGAAGGUGACGCCGAGCGCCAGGAGAUCCAGGACCUCGAGCAAAACGAACAAGGCACCGGACUCAAGGAAACUCACUGUGCGCAUCCCUGCCAGGCCACCGCCUUCGCCAGCCUCGCCGCCGCCAUCGCCGAUUUCGAAUAGCGGGCAGCGCCGAUCACUGAGGUUGUCGCGAAGUGCGCCAGACGUGUUCCCGCAGGCAGUCGCCGUACAACGGCGACAACCUCCAACAAGCCGCCUCAUACCAGAGGUUGUUAUCCCUCCCGCACCCUGGCAGACUUCGAAAAGACAUAACGCCUUCGCUCGCGGUCGUCCACCACCGACACCAGACCGAUCGCCUCCCCGGCCGUGCUCGCCGUCGGAGAGCGACAGCGAAGACGAGCUGAUCAACGUGGUAGUAGAUGAGGUCGACGACACGCGAAGUCCAACUGAGCCCUUGGCUCUCGAUGACGAAGAUGUCGAUGUUGAGGUGGUCGACGAUGAUGACGAGCGGGAAGCACUCAUUCCGGGCCACGUCCUGCAUGCCCGCGAUCUGUAUGGCUCGUCGGAUGGAGGGUACGAGACGGGGAGCGACACGGACACCGACGAUGAGCUGCCUUGCGUACUCCCUGUGGAUCAGUACGACGAGAGCGGGAUUCCGAGGUGGAAACCUCCUAGCAGCGCUCGGUAUGUCAACGGAAAGCUCUUGCUUGGUCGGACAGUACCAUUACAGGAGUCGUUCAUGCGGACAUCGGGCUCGGACGUAGGUACUGCAUAUUAGUUAAGCUUUGAGCUCGAUACCAUACACCGUCCCAUCUGCAUCCAAGGGUCAGCCCUGCUUCUUAGUUCGUAACUUCGAGAAGCGACUUGUGCUGGAGGAGGUUGCGCAUAGGUGAAAACAUAUGUCGAGUCGUCUCUUAGACAGUUCAUACCGUCCUCGCCUCGGAAGUUGAUGAUGGGUGCUUGUGGGUCCAUGUUUUGUCCAGCAGUCGUGCCUAAACAAUAAACGAUUCCCGAAGUUCGCAUCCGCCAUCAC